AUGGUGACUUUAUCAUAUAUUAUUCAACAAUAUACAAUCUAUGUUGGAUGUUUUCUUUUUAUAACUGGUCUUGCGGGUAAUAUCAUUCAUAUUUAUAUUUUAUCAGUUGUAAGUUCUUACCGUUCAAACCCAUGUACGUUCUAUUUUUUAAUUGCAUCUAUCUGCGAUAUUCUUAUAUUAUUCGUCGCUCUUCUUUCGCGUAUUCUUGAGACCGGCUUUAGAGUCGAUCUUUUUUGUUCGUCGAUUAUAUGGUGUAAAUUUCGAAACUAUUUUAUCUAUAGCGUAACUAUUAUACCGUUCUAUUGUCAAUGCUUAGCAACGGUUGAUCAAUAUUUUGUUACAUCAAAAAAUAUCGAAUUACGACGAUUUAGUACUAUGAGACAAGCGUAUUGGAAUAGUCUAUUAUUAAUUGUGAUUUGUUUACUUCAUGGCAUUCCAUUUUUUCUCUACUAUGAUAUAUCACCAACGACACAUAUAUGUGCGUCUAUGAAUAUUCGAUUGACCUUAUAUCUUCCAAUAUCUGUACUUGGACUUCUUACAUUUAUACCUAGUUCAUUGACGAUUAUAUUUGGAUUUCUUACCUACAGAAAUGUAUCUCAAUCCGUAGGUCUGACUCAUCAGCAUGCCGAUCGUCAAUUAGUCAAUAUGCUCUGUAUGCAAAUUAUUCUAAUUCUUAUAACUACAAUUCCGUAUGGACUUCUUCAUCUAUAUUCAUUAGUAACAUUUAAAAUCGUUAAAAAUAAAAAUGCAACUCGUUCAAUCACGGAAUUAUUCAUUUUUACAAUUAUUAAUCUCAAUACAUAUAUUUAUACGGGUGUACGUAUGAUAGAAAUUAAAAAUUAUGAAUAA